AGCUUUGCUCUUAUUUGGGCUUUGAUAAAUGCGUGCGGCAAUUUGAACAAAGACUGAUGGAAGCAGAUCAUUCUCCCCGGAAAGAGUGUGUAAUGUGUGUGUGAUGGAGGUAAACGCGGAACUCCUGAAUAACGAGGGGGUGUUGGUGGUGGUGAGAUUUUGGUGGUUUAAAGAUGCUCAGGUCCUGAAUGAAUUCUUGUAGUGUCCAUCCGAGGAUCACAAAUGUCCACCUCAAACGCUUUCUGGUUCAUUUCAGGUGCCUCGUCGACUGCGCCAUUUCUUUAACACUAAGCACAAUAACACUGAUACAUUUAGCACGGCAAACUGUUGCUGUUUUCAUCAAACUGCUAGUAUUGUCGUUUUCCAACAGUCGAUGCGUUAAAGUCAUACGAGGAGCUGGUGAGAUGCGAGUGUAAUGUGUAAAACCCGUUUCUUUGAGCUCCUCGUACAGGCUUUUAAUCAACGUUAGCACGAUGCCAGCAGCCGCUGCGAGAUCAAACCUCCUCACGACAGCAGCAUUGCUUGAUCGGUCGAGUUUGAAUGAUAGGUUUAUGUCUGGUAUUAUUGAACUUCACGUACAGGAGCCCGCCGCCGUCAAGCCCUUAGAAAACUGCUCUUCUCCACGUGCUUUGUGUUCUCAGCACCUGUUUCCUGCUUCUCCUGCCAUUAAUAGGAAAUCAAACAGAGCAAAGGAGAAAAAGCAGAGAAGACUCGAAGAACGGGCAGCUAUGGAUGCAGUUUGUGCAAAGGUGGAGGCAGCCAAUAAGCUUGAAGAUCCUCUUUCUGCAAUGCCAGUGUUCAAAAAGUAUGACAGAAAUGGGCUAAACCUGGAGAUUGAGUGUAAACGGGUAACUGCAUUGAGUCCAGAUACAGUGGAGUGGGCCUAUGAGUUGACUAGAGCCAACAUGCAGACGCUAUAUGAACAGAGUGAGUGGGGAUGGAAGGAGAGAGAGAAAAGGGAGGAGAUGAAGGACGAGAGAGCAUGGUAUCUCCUUGCCCGUGAUGCUGACUCCACACCUUUAGCGUUUUCACACUUUCGAUUUGAUGUGGAGUGUGGAGAUGAGGUUUUAUAUUGUUAUGAAGUGCAGUUGGAGAGUAAAGUCAGACGGAAAGGCCUGGGGAAGUUUCUCAUCCAAAUCCUUCAGCUUAUCGCCAACAGCACGCAAAUGAAAAAGGUCAUGCUGACAGUAUUUAAACACAACCACGGUGCUUACCAGUUCUUUAGGGAGGCUUUACAGUUUGAGAUUGACGAAACGUCACCCAGUAUGACCGGUUGCUGUGGAGAAGACUGCUCCUAUGAGAUUCUGAGCCGGAGAACAAAGUACGGCGAGGCCUCGGGACAUGCGCAUGGGGGCGGCCACUGUGGAGGCUGCUGCCAUUAAGAGCAAGCCUUCCUCUGUUGUUUCAGAGCUUCCUCAUCCUCGUUCCCUACCCUGCUCCAUCACCCAAAAUCCCCUCUUAGGAAGCCCUUAAAACAGUCUCUCCUGCCCAUAAUCAGCAAUGAGACCCCAUCGAUGCUUGCUCUUGGUUUUUAACUUAAAAAGCUCAUUCACCAUUUCACAUAGUAAGUGACAUUUUCAGUCUCAAAGGUUUGAAUGAUGACAAAAUGGCAGUGAAGGCCACUGUGAGCCAAAUGUAACCUUUUUCACCUCAGGUAUCAGCAUGGUGAGGCUCAACUGUAUGUCUUUGCAUUCUGUCCAGAUGCAAAAAAGAGCCUGCGGUGUUUUUUUUGUUUUUUUUCCCUCUCCAGAAACUGUCUGUCACUCAUCAGCUGUUUUAUUACCAUAGUGAGUGAAUGCAGGUUUUGGUCACAGUGGUUGUUACAGCCGUUUCACUCUAUACCACUUUUCAGGGUAAUUGUAUUUUAACUAAAAGCUGAUGUUUGCUUAUCACUUCAAGAAACAGAAUACGACGAUCUGUACUGUUUAUAAUUAGUAAUCACUCAACCUAGACUGUCUCAGGUCAUUCAACUUAUAACAAAAUGUUUUAUAACAGCUGUGUUUGGAAAUUGGUGGAUGAAGAUUAUGUUGCUGUUUGAUUUGAUACAGGGGUUGGCAUGUUAGCUAUGAUGGACCCUUAGUGUAGAAAUAUACUUUCAUUUUAGUUUUUUUUUUUUUUUAUCAUAACAUUCUUUUAUCAUGUCAUUACUGUAUAUUUCCAUUUUUUUCUUCUUUGUAUAUAAUCCGUUUGCCAUGUACAUUUUAUUUGCCUUCGAAGACAUUGGAAAAAUGAUAUACAAAAUAGUUUGAGAGAUGAGUGUUCCGGUCUUGUGCUCUCUUGUUGAACUGAAACGAAAGGUCAUUCCAGCUUUAUGUGUUUGAUUUGUAUGCAACAAAUAAAGGAAUCUUGUUUGA